UCUCUUCAGAGAGCCAUGGGCGCGUAUAUACACUGUAAAUGUUCUGCAGUUCGGGAUUUUCAGAGAUUUCAGGUUGGCUAUCAAGAAAUGAAGGCUAUGAUGUCCUACGUUGGACUGCGAAAUCUUCUCCAAGGGCUGAACUUCAGUGUCAAGUACUACUCUAGCAUUAACCAUCUUCAAACAACGUGUCCUUGUAGUAAAAAAAGCAAAAAAUGCCACAUCCUGAACUGUUCAAGAUGUACAGGCACACGCAGGACUGCACCACCUGAAAGCAUCCUGCCAUGGAGAUUCUUUUCCUGCAAGCAGGAAGGAACAAGAAUCUCCUCCAAAAGGAAGCAAAGUACAUCUGUAGUAAUGCCAGAGCUUUUGCACAAGAAUCUUCUGAAAUCAGAGCAGGAAAACUGGAAUGACAUUUCACCAAUAUACAAACCCCUGACAAAGAGAAUCAAAGAAAAACUGGAAGAAUUGCACAACAAGUACACAUUCAAUUCAGAAAGCCCAAGGAUGAGGUUUGGAGAGAAUGUGUACUUUGAAGAGAAUGGCUGCAUAUUUCUUUCAAAAGCAGAUGAUGAUGAAGGAAAUGUUGACAUUUUAUUCAGUACUGAUGAUCUUGGCUUUUCUGAUGCCUUUAUUCAACGGAUCAGAAUUUCACCAGAUCAGAGAUACAUGGCCAUCAGCUUAAAAAGUGAAAGUUCUGAAGAGGCAACCUGCGUUAUUAUGAAACUUGGUCAUUUUCCUGUUGUGAAAAAAGUAAUUCCAAGCGUAUUUAGCUUUGAAUGGGCUACAAGUGAUGUUCUGUAUUACACAACUCAGAAGAACCUUAAAUGCCAGAAUGUGUUUAUGACCACUUUCACUAAUCAGCAACAUACUAAGUUAGUUUAUACAGAACAAGAUGCAAGAUUCUUUGUGGACAUUUAUCUCACAAAAGACAGGCGCUUUCUCACUAUCAACAGCAACAGCAAGACAACCUCAGAAGUCUGGCUGGUUGACUGUAGAAAUCCUUUUGAGUCACCUGCUCUUGUACAAGCACGAACAAAAGGGGUCAUUUACCACAUCGAGCAUAGAAAUGACGAGUUAUAUAUUCUUACUACAUAUGGAGAACCUGCAGAAUAUAAGUUGAUGAAGGCACCAGUAGCUUCCAGCAGCAAGGAGAACUGGCAGUUAGUUUAUGCACUGGAAAAGAAAACAAAGCUAGUAGACUUUGAGAUGUUCAGUGAUGACUGUAUUAUGUUCCUGAAGAACGCUGGUCAUCUUUAUCUAAAUGUGAUUUCUUUUGUUUCACACUCAGUUCAGUCAAUAAAGCUACCUACGUGGGCCUGUGAAUUUGAAUUGGAAUCUCAUCCUGAACAUACCACCAGCACUUGCUAUUUUCAGCUGUCCUCCCCAGUACACCCCCCUAAACGUUUUGCAUAUUCAUUUAAAGAAAAUAAUCUCAUUGAACAAGCUGUGCAAGAGGUACCAAUUAUUACGAAUUGUCACACUACACGUUUACUAGCUAAAAGCAAGGAUGAAACUUCGGUGCCAAUUACAGUUUUUCAUAAUAUGAAUUCUAAAGAACUACACAGGAAACCACUUCUAGUUCAUGUAUAUGGAGCUUAUGGCAUAGAUUUGAACAUGAGCUUUAAAGAAGAGAAGCUGAUGUUAAUUGAAGAGGGUUGGAUAUUAGCAUAUUGCCAUGUUAGGGGUGGAGGAGAGCUGGGCCUUAGCUGGCACAAAGAUGGAUGUCAGCAUAAUAAGCUCAAAGGUCUCUAUGACCUGAAGGCUUGCAUCAUGCUGCUGCACAAACUGGGGUUUUCUCAGCCUAAACACACAGCACUGGCAGCUGCCAGUGCUGGAGGAGUUCUUGCAGGAGCCCUGUGCAACAGUGAUCCAGGACUGGUCAGAGCCAUGGUUUUACAGGCUCCUUUUGUAGAUGUUCUAAAUACAAUGAUGAAAACUCAUCUCCCACUGACAAUUGAGGAACAAGAAGAAUGGGGAAAUCCAUUAGAAGAUGAAAAAUGUAUGAAGUAUAUCAAAAGCUAUUGUCCAUACCAGAAUAUUAAGCCACAGUGUUAUCCUUCAGUUUUUAUCACGGCCUAUGAAAAUGAUCAACGGAUACCACUAACAGGAGUCUUACAAUAUGUUCAGAAACUCAGGAAGGCUGCACUAGAUCAUGCCAGCAGAACAAAUAAGAAAGGAGAUUGGAUUCCUAAUAUCAUCUUAGAUGUCCAGGCAAAUGGCAGCCAUUGUGAUUCAUCGUGGGAGCACUCAGUGAGUGAGGUCGCAAGACACCUUGCUUUUCUGAACAAAGAACUUGAGGAAGCAUGCCAUCUCCAACAUCAUAGCAAAUCCUGCAAAUAGCUAAUAAACACAAUGACCACCUGAAGAACUUCAGGUCGGAUUUUUGUUUGUAUGGAAAGCAGACACCCUCUCCAGAGGAUCUCUGCUCCUGGAUCCCUGCUUUAUGGGCAUAAGCACACAAAGCUGGGUGUGGCAUUGGCUAAUAAACAGUACAGACCAAGAACUGAAUUCCUCUGCUGCCUGGUGGUACAGAAGUAGCUGCCAGCAUAAAUCAGUUUGUUCAGUAAGUCCUGUUCACAGAAGCCAGCGGUGCAGCCCCACACGAGCAGAGCUGAGCACGACUGGCACAUAAAGCCUCACGUGAGUAGCACACGCACUUUGUACAGGCAGCCUCUCCAUCCUAAGGGAUCUUUUAAGACCACCUUUUACACAAGGCAGUAAAACUCCUAAGUAGUAUUUGAUGAAAAAGUCUCACUACUUUUAAAACUAAUUCCCAUACUUAGGUGGUGAUGACUGUUGCCCUUCCUAUCUACACAGCAGUCAUAGUGUACUGAUCAUGUGGUGGGAUUGAUCAAAUUGCAAAAAAAUGGACUCUAAAGAACAGCAACUUUAGCAGAACUCUUUGAUCUGAGUAGAUUAAAAUCUUGCAGUUACCUUAAAUAGUAUGGUAAUCUUAAAAAGUAGGUGCCAAAGUCCCUGUGGAAGACGAAGAUGAAUGCUCCAGAGGAUGAUGCCAGAGUUUCUCCAGAGGAUAAAACAAAAAGAAUGCCCCCUCUGAAGCAGCCCAAUUCUUAGCUUAGCUGCCCUCUAAGCAAGGCACAAACCAGCUGUGCAUUGGUUGUUAAAAUACAUGCUUGGUGCACACUUAGGGCCCUCAGGAGGUGGAAGAUGCACAGUCCACACUGUCCUCAAAUCAAAACAAAGUUCCCCAGACGGACCCCUGUGCCCACAGCAGACUGCACCAAGUCAAAUGCUGACUCUUCCUUUGGGCCACAUCAUCCACUGUAGGUGCAGCAAAUGCAAAUCAAAGCACAAGUGUGACAAUCAGCCUCAGGUGUGACAGUUGCUUCAGCUGCUUACUCUGAAAUAAAGUACACACCCCUCACCUCAGCCUUAGGGUAGGAAGAGAAGUAAGAGAAUGCAAGUGUAUUCUAACUCAGCAGGGAAGGGAAGAAUCAAUUGGAAAUGCACUCCAGAGUGUAGAAUUAGAUAUAUUAGCUAUAUUUUGUUCUUUUUCUUACUGACUUUGAGGAUAAUCAGAGCUGUUAGAGUUGAGAGAAGAGGUAAGACAUCACAACCAUUUAUAUCAGUCCUGCUUGCGAUUACCUGUUUUAGCAAAUACAGGGCUGCCCCUUUAGAAUAAGUUUCACAAAUCUACAGAUUUGUAAACAUUUAUUAUGAACUGCCACAGGCUUUGGAGCUCUUAAUAACCAGCAACUGUAAGGGGCAGCACCCAAAAAGCAACUGUUCUCUUUCCUCCCAAAAUACCCACACUUUAACAGGACAGUUUUUUAUAGGAGUGUUUACUUUUCUUCUCCACAGACCCUAAGGGGGAGUUUAUA